CGACAAGUUUGCCCCGCUGCUAGACCGUAUUUUGCUCUCGGCUCCUCCUCGAAAAUUUCCAGAUUGCUCAUCUUCUCUCGUCACUGCCUGGAAUCCCUUUUGUUUGUUUUUUUUUUUGAGAUUUCUCGUGUUUUGGAUCGGAAAUGAGGACUAUUCUGUCGCGUUUGAGCCAUUACCGAUCAUCUCUUCCCCAGAUACGCUUUGUUUUCGCCUCGAGUUGCCGGAGGUAUCUGUCAACAGAUUCUAACAAAGUUGAUGAACCCUUCAAAGUUGAAGAAGCAGAGACUGUACACGUGCCACCACCGCCAACCGAGAAGUUACUUGUGCUGGGAGGAAAUGGUUUUGUCGGCUCACAUGUGUGUAAAGAAGCUUUAGAUCGCGGCAUAUCUGUCUCCAGCCUAAGCAGGUCGGGUAGGUCAUCUCUUCAGGAGUCAUGGGCUACGAGUGUAACAUGGCAUCAAGGAAAUCUUCUUUCACCCGAGUCUUGGAAAGAUGCUCUUGAUGGGGUGACUUAUGUGAUCUCUUGCGUUGGUGGGUUUGGUUCAAACUCGUAUAUGUAUAAGAUUAACGGCACUGCAAACAUCAAUGCGAUUAGAGCUGCCUCAGAAAAAGGUGUGAAAAGAUUUGUCUAUAUCUCUGCUGCUGACUUCGGAUUCGCAAACUACCUAUUGAGGGGAUACUAUGAGGGGAAGAGAGCUGCUGAGACAGAGGUGCUUACAAGAUUUCCUUAUGCAGGGGUGAUCUUGCGGCCUGGUUUUAUACACGGAACCCGCAACGUUGGGAGCGUGAAGAUCCCAUUGAGCUUAGUCGGGUCGCCAAUGGAGAUGGUUCUACAACAAGCGAAACCUUUGAGCCAGCUCCCGCUCGUGGGGCCGUUGUUCACGCCUCCUGUGAAUGUAACAUCGGUGGCAAAGGUCGCCGUGAGGGCAGCCACGGAUCCUGUCUUCCCUCCGGGGAUUGUGGAUGUUUACGGGAUUCAACGACACAGCCAGCAGAAAUCGAGAUAAGUGGUGGUCUUAACAAAAUUCCUCAUAUCUGUUUUUACAUUCACCAGUUUCAGUUCCCGCUGAGGAUGGAGGAAAAUCUGUCUGCUCGGUUCUUUUCUUUUGUCUAAUAAAUUUCCACUUUGCCAUUUAGUCCACUAUUGGAAAAAAGAAUGGUUUUUUAUAUAUAAUAUUAUAUUAUUGAGAGUUGAAACC